GAAAAUAUUACCAUUGAUUAUUAAUAAUAAAGAUGAACAAGUUUGCAACCACUUGUGCUAUUCUGAUGAUGUGCGUUCUCGCCGUCUCGGCAAAAGCGGAUGGCGAAUACUGCUACGCACUUGCACUCCAAGGAGGAGGAGAUAAAGGAGCAUACCAAGCUGGAGCUCUAGCACAGAUUAUUGAGGAUAGCGACCCAUCUGAAAUUCAAUAUGAUGUUGUAUCUGGAGUCUCAGUUGGAAGUAUCAAUGCAGGAUACUUCUGUGAAUUCCCAAAAGGUCAAGAAUUAGAUGCCGUAGAAAGCAUGCUCAACCGUUGGGAUCACCUCUCAUCAGACAAAGUGUAUAAAAACUGGAAAUGGGGAGGACCUGUCAGAGGAAUCUUCAAGGAAAAGUCAUUAUAUAACAGCUCUCCCUUGAGAGAAUACUUGCAACAAGAAAUUAAAGAACCUAAGAGAGGAAUUAUUGUUGCUGCUACUAAUGCUCACCUCGGUACUCAAAAAAUUUGGGAUGAGAAUGACUCACUCGAAACUCUCCAGAAAGCAAUCUUGGCUUCAUCCUCCUUCCCAGGAUUCUUUGAGCCUGUAGAUGACUUGGGUGAUGGUGUUACUUACUACGAUGGUGGUAAUAGCUACUCUGUCAAUAUUUUCGGAGCUAUCAAUAAAUGCGUCGAUUAUGGAUUUGACUAUGAUCACAUCGUGGUCGAUGUUAUUAUGAACUCAGGAGCAGUCCUGAACAAGAUGAAUGUCUCAGACUAUAAAACUCUUCCGAUGGUGAUGAGAUAUUUGGAGAUCGAACGCUAUUACGACACCAUGGAGCUUUUAGAAAGAGCACUUCAAGAUUUCGAAGGUGUAAACUUCAGAUACCUUGUUGUACCUUCUAAAAAGGUCGAGCCAACCAUAAUUCCAAUGGACUUCUCUCACAAAGAAAUCCAAAAGAUGAUUAAAGAAGGAAGAGAAGAUGCUAAGAAGGUUCUUUCUGAAGAGCACGGAGCCAAUUACAGAAAAGUGCUUGAGUUCCACCAGCUCAAGAUGAAUGCUCAGUUCAAGGGAGACUAUGCUGAAUUUCUUAGUGCUAGGGAAUAA